UGUACAAAUAGGACUCUGAACUGAUUUUUUGUCAAAAUAAAAUUUAAUAAUAAUUUGAUCUAGAGAUGUUAUGACAAAACUGGUUACAUUUUCUGUAUCUGUUCGUGUUAAAAAUUAUCUUAAAGUUGGUUAUAUUAAAAAAUAAAAUUGUUAAAAAUUGGGCUCAGGAUCCUAUUUUUACUAUUUUAGAAAAUAUUGAGUCUAUUUUAUCAUUUAACAAAAUAGAGAGUCUAAUUAAUAAUUUUUACAAAAUACAAGGUGUCCAAAAUAGUAUUUACUUUAAAUAUACAAUUAAAAGUGCGUACAGAUUUUAUAUUUCCCUAAAAUUUAAAGAAAAAAAUCCCAAAAAAAGAAAAAUAAAAAAAUGAAAGGAAUUACAGAAGGAGUAGGAGUACUAGUAGCUGUAGACUAUUAGUAGUAUUUACUGACGCUUCCUUAUAUAUUUGAUUUCUUGAGGAGAAAGUAUUUAUCAGUAAAAAAGAUUUCGAAAAGUAAUAAUAAUAAUAAUAAAAAAAAUCUAAAACACAAUCAAAUCCAUCAUUAUUUUUGCAUACAGUUUCAACUAUAUAAUAUUUUCUGAUUGGGGUUUCCGAUUUCACCUCUUUCCUUACCUCUCAAGGCUUAACGUACGCACACCCCCAUGAUUAACGUUCACCAACAAAAGAAAAGUAAUUACCUUUUUGAUCAUAUUCAUUAGUCGCCAUCGUAAUCAUACACACGCACACAGUGGUCAUCUCUGUUUACCGCCUCAAUGGCGGUGUUGGACCAUCAAUAUUCAAAUCCUGUUACCAACAAAAAGCGUAAAAGAGAAAAAUGCCAAAUAAAGCUUCUUCUAAAUGAUCAAGUUGAGGUGAGGAGUGUUGAAGAUGGGUUUCUUGGGUCAUGGCAUUCUGGUUCUGUUGUUGCAUCUGGCAGCUAUAGACGCCAUUACCGUGACGUCAAAUAUAACCAUCUUUUAGCUGAUGAUGGGUCUAGGAAGCUAGUUCAAACGGUGAUUGUUUCACCGAUUUUGAACGGCAUUGAUUUGGACAAGAGUGAGUUAAAGGAGAACGAUCGUGGGAAUAUCAGGCCAUUGCCUCCUGCAUUUAAGUUUGAACCAUGGGGACUUCACUAUGGACUCUGUGUGGAUGCAUACUACAAUGACGCUUGGUGGGAAGGUGUUAUUUUCGACCACGACUACUAUUCACCGGAGAGAAUGGUGUUUUUCCCUGACUUGGGUGAUGAAAUAAAGAUGGAUAUUGGCAGAUUAAGGGUUACUCAGGUCUGGAAUGAGGUUACUGGGGAUUGGAAGGUGCGAGGGGAUUGGAUUCUUCUUAAGUUGAUUGAGGAGGUUGAGAAAGAGUCGUGUCUUCCUGUUUCUGUGAAGCAAAUAUGGUAUGAUAUGCGGGAGAAAAAGGUUUUUGAGAAGGUAAAGGAGUGGACUUGUACUGAUGAAGAGUUAUGGAACAAGAUGUUCUGGGAGGUCAUUGGGGAUUAUACUUGUGUUAUUGAGAAAGAGCUUCGUUCUUUGAUAGCACCUUCACAGAACAUGUUACCAAUAGAUAUGGAUAAAGAUAUUAUCAUGAAUCCCCAAGCAGAGCCGAUUGAAACUGACGAUGUUCUCCCUGUUAAAAACUCUGUAAAUAGUGGUGUAGUGAUUGAUCAAGGAGCAACUGUGAUGGCCAGGUUGGAGUCACCUCAACUUGGUGCAGAGUUUACAGAUGCUAAGGUAGAUGAAGCAGCACUGAAUUGUUCUAAUGAUGCUUUAUUUGUUGAUAACUCAAUAAAUAACAAUGGUGUGAUUUGUCAAGAAGAAUUUGUGAAUUGUGCGUUGGAGUCAGCUCAAGCUGAUAGGAGGCAUGUUAAUAUGGACCUUGAAGCAGAAAUGAAGGGAUGCCAUACUUCUGUGCCCAUUGACAAUUUAUUGAACAGUGAAAUAGUGGCAGAUGUAAUGGAUGCUGAUAACUGUAGUGAGGUCGAAUCUCUUCAUUUAUGUGAUGACAUUGCUCCAAGUUCUCUCUCUAUGGAACCUGAUAUGGAUCAAUUAACUUCUGUGGUGAACAUGGAUGAAUCAAAUAUGAAAUUCUUAGCUGACUCAAACGUAUCGCAUUACAAUGAAGCAUUUUGUAAGUUACCUCAGGCUUUACCAAUAUCACCUUCCAAUCAUGGUGGAAUCUCUAGUGCUGGUUCUAAUAGCGUUGGUGUUAAGGGCAGUGGAAAGAGUAAAAGUCAAGCACAUGUGAGUAAUGUAAAUUGGUUUCCUUUUAGCUCAGAUAUGAUUCAAGGGGCAGAAUUUUGCCCCAAAGCUGUUGAUGAGUACUAUGACCUACGUUUUAAAAAGUCUGGAAAAGAUCAAAAUAAAAGUUCUAUAAAGAUAUCUGUUUGGAAGCAUCUUUUAUAUUUAGGUUGGAAAUGCGAAACAUCACAUGCUAACAUGACCAGAAGACGGUAUACAUCACCUGAUAACAGAUGUUUCCAUUCUCUUUAUAUGGUCUGCAAGCACUUGAAGGAAUCUACCAGAAAUACUACCUCCCAAGAUGAACAAAAAGGAGAGCAUCCUUUAAUUGAACUACCAGAAGAGAGUAAAAACCCUGAGUUUUAUCCUGAGACUGCUGAAUUCCCUUGUUGCAUUGAAGACAAUAAACCUGACAAUGGCUUUGAAUCAGUUCAGGAAUAUGUUUUGAAUAAAAAUCACAAGAGAAAGCCAGAGGAGCUGUCAAAUUCAAAGAAUUACCUCUUUUCUGUGGGAUGGAAGCUUGAAACGCACUAUAGUUCAGGAAGAAAGAUUGUGAUAUAUAGGUCACCUAAAGGAAGGGCAUAUCGGUCUCUUUUAGCUGCCUGCAAAGCUUGCAUUGAUGAAGAGCAUUACACAAGUGCUGACACUGGAGAUAAUGAGGGAUGUUCAACUUCAAGUAACGUGCCAUCUUCCUUGAUAAGUGAUACUGCCUUUCAACAAAACUUUGUUCAACCAAAACUUCCUUCCCAAAAGUUAUUCGCCGAGAGUUACAGUGUGGCAGGGUUUAGAAAAAUUAUAUAUAGGGGAGAAGUUAAGGUUCAAAGGAUUAGAAAAGCUCAAGGGAAGAGAAAUGGUGAUUUGGUUGGGGAUGUACAUGCAUUUAAAAGACAGAUCAGCCUACGUCAAAGAAGAGGUGGAUUAAAAAGUUGUCCAAAGAAGGAUCGAAAUGCCUCCAAAAAAUCUGGAGCAUUGAUCAAGUUAAGAAAUGCUGAGGAUGGUACUAAGCCGAAACGUGUAUUAAGGUCAAGCAAACGUGUGCAAGAGGUGGUUAUUCCUAAUGCUUCACACCAAAAUCCACGAACUGUACUUUCUUGGUUAAUAGACAAUAAUAUGGUGUUGCCAAGGGCAAAAGUAAAAUAUCUUAGUAGUAAGGACCAACGUACUAUGGCUGAAGGAAGGAUAACUCGCAGCGGGAUCAAGUGCAGCUGUUGCCAGAAGUUGUUUACUCUUGCUAGUUUCGAAGUCCAUGCUUGCAGCAAGCAGAACACACCUGCUGCCAAUAUUUUUUUGGAAGAUGGCAGGUCUCUCUUAGACUGUCAAAGGCAAGUCAUUAAUAAUUGUGAGAUGCAAAACUCGACGACAAAAUUACAUGAUAGAGAUAAGAGCAAUUGGAGGCGGGGUGAGAAUGACUACAUUUGUACUGUGUGCCACUAUGGUGGGGAGUUGAUGUUAUGUGAUCAAUGUCCAUCAUCAUUUCACAAGGGCUGUCUAGGGCUGAUGGAUAUUCCAGAGGGUGACUGGUUCUGUCCAUCUUGCUGUUGUGGGAUUUGUGGAGAAGGCAAGUUCCAAGAUAAAGAAGACAAGGCAGACAUGAAGGAAGAAAAUCUCACCUGCUCUCAGUGUGAGCGUAAAUAUCAUGUUGGAUGCAUAAAUGAAAAUCAGCUAGAUAAGUUGAAAACUUACUCUGGAGGAAAGUGGUUUUGCUCUAAAGAUUGUGAAAAGAUAUUUUUGGGCCUCCAGAAGCUUCUUGGAAAAACUUUUAUAGUGGGGAAAGACAAUUUAAUCUGGUGUUUAUUGAAGGCCAGAAAGAGUGAUAGUGACUCUAUUGACAAUGAUGCCCUGACUGAGAAUUAUAGCAAGCUCAAUGUUGCUCUUAGCGUAAUGCACGAGUGUUUUGAGCCUGUCAAGGAACCUCUUACUCGAAGAGAUCUAGUUGAAGAUAUUUUAUUUAAUAGAGGAUCAGAUCUUAAACGUCUAAAUUUUGAAGGUUUCUAUACAGUACUCUUACUUAGAAAUGAUGAGUUGAUUACCGUGGCUACAGUAAGGGUUUAUGGGCGGAAGGUUGCAGAAGUUCCCCUUGUUGGUACAAGAUUUCAAUAUCGCCGACUAGGAAUGUGUCGCAUAAUGAUGAAUGAGCUUGAAAAGAAACUCAUGGAAUUAGGAGUGGAGAGACUGGUUUUACCUGCUGUUCCUAGUGUGCUUAACACAUGGACUACUUCUUUCGGGUUCUUAAAGAUGACAGCUUCUGAGAGGUUAAAGUUUCUAGAUUAUACUUUUCUUGAUUUCCAGGGUACUGUCAUGUGCCAGAAACCACUGAGUAUCCCUUCGGCUGGAUCCAUCACAUGCAAAGGUAAACUUACUUCUUUCAAGUUCUUUGUAUGAAGAAAAAAGGUUUAGAGAGAAAGGUAAUGCAUAGUUUUUACAAACAGGCAUAUUUAUUCUUGUAUGCAACUAUACUAUGCAAUGCACGAGCACAAUCCAAUUCUCAUGAUAGUAUCAUUGAAGUCGACAUUAAGAUUGGUUGUGAUAGAUUAAGUGUUGUCUCUGAAGUAUAUCAAGUAGAACAAAUCAAAGACAAUCAUCAAAUCAUGGAUGAAGAAUAAUUAGAGUACGUCCUCACCUCCCUAUAUUUUGGAAAACGGAAUAUGAAAACAAAUUUUUUUCACUAAAAUCAUUUCUUGAAGUGAGAACUUGUGGUAGAAGUAGCUUAGUCUGUGAAAGAAUAGACUCAAAGCUUCUUUUCUGCUGGCUGUACUUAUUUGGAAUAAUUGGUGGGAUAAUAAUAAUUUUAAGAGAAAAAUCAUGUCAAUAAAAUGUGCUUGAACUGGAGUAAAUAAAAUUGUUAGAUCUUAGCCAAAAUGUAGAAAACUAAUGUGUUUACCAGGGAGGAGAAAAAAGUGGAAUCAAUGGCUCGCCUUAUGUUAUGAAGUGAUUAUAUGCAAUAGUUUCAAAGAAUAAGAAAUUUUAUUCCUAGAUGCUAUAUUAGUCCAAAACUUAAGAUACUCGAAAAGAUAGUUGCGCCAUUGUUUAAGGAAUUGGAAUAUUAGGGAUAUUAGGAUUCGAGCUUAAGAGUGAGGGGGAGGACAUAGUGAUCAACCACUCUAUUGUUUAGUUUAAUAAAUGGCUCAAACUUUCCUUAGUGAUUAUGGUUCUUUCUCCUUGAUGGAGGGAGAUUCCUAUAUUUUAUUGGCUGAAUGAAUAAGAAAAAUUUCACAUUUUUCAUUCUUCUUUUUUUCCCUUACACAUGAUAUCAAUGCUAUUGUUCUACAGGAACUAGCAACAAGCCAUGAUCAAGAAGAAGACUUUUCAGCGCUAGGCAAUGCUUGAAGCACGAUCAGAUGAAAUAACAACAACAAUUUAUCUGGAAUGGGGUCACUGUGGAAAAUUGGCAAUUGAUGGAUGAGGCAAGGUUGAAUUGUUGAAUGGCGAGUCACAAAAACCACUAGAAGGGGAGUCUCCUCUUAACUCUUCACCAUUCUUGACCUUUCAAACUGAAGAAUCCGAGAAGGAAGUAGAAAAUUUAGCUCCAAUGGUGGUCAAGGCUAGAAAUCUUCAAAAGACCAGGAACCCCGUUCUGAUUAGGGGUGUCAGAAAGUACUGUAGAUCCGAAAUGUACCACAAGAGAAGGGUCUUUGGGCCAUUAACGCCAAAAUGGUGGUGUCUUCUCACACCACGACCCCUAAGUUUUAUCCCGCAAAGGACAUCAAAAAGCCUCUUGUUAACAAGCACUAGCCUAAGUCAACCAAGCUUAGAGCGAGUAUCACUCCAGGGACAGUGUUGAUCAUUUUGUCUGGAAUGUUCAAGGGGAAGAGAGUUGAGCUUUCCUCUGGGUUGCUCUUGGUCACUGGACCAUUCAAGCUCAAUGGAGUUCCCAUCAAACCUGUGAAUCAAUCUUAUGUGAUCGGAACUUCCACCAAGGUCGAUGCUUCUGGUGUCAAUUUGGAGAAGUUUGAUGACAAAUAUUUUGCCUAAGGAAAAAACAAGUCUAAGGGUGCAUUUACUGUUUUUAAGAUCCAAACUUUGAAUCUAUAUAUUGAAUUAUUUUAGACGAUUUGGUUUUUCA